GAAAAGGUCUGUUAGAAUAUGCUGAGGUAUGCUUAUUGCUAUUAACCCUGCUAUUUCCCUCAUGCACCAGUUAAAAACUCCUUAGAAGCGGACAAAGCCCACCACUAAACGCAGCAGAGGGCCCCACAGGGCCAACGCUCCAGUAAGUGCACCACCUGGUUAAAGAGCUAAGGUUCUGCCUUACUGUUUGAAAUUGCUGACUGCUUGCUGCCGUGCUUGGUGCUGAUGCUGCAAUGCAUCACAUCCACUCCCCCCACCCCCAGCCUUCCAACAUCUUCUGGUCCUCCUGCACAACAUCACCAUCCCUAUGUGUUCUGCUGCAGUGCUUCCCGCAGCAAAGCCUGGAAGCCAGCCGGCAAAACAAGCCCGGGAAAACGGCUGCAGAUAACCGCAACCACAGGUAAACAGGAAAAAUCUGACCGAGGACUAAAAGCAAAAUACGAAACGGUGAAGUCCUGCAAAUAAGUGAUUUAAAAAAAUCCCGCCAAAGAUAAGCUGAAUUGCAUGAUUUAAUAAAUUCCCUAUGCAAGUCAGGGUCUGCAGUCCUUUGCAUCCAGACUCUUUAAGUUGUAGUUGUGGAGUUUAUUACUGACAUUUUUUUUUCGGAAAAUAUCAGGCAACCAAAUAAGAGGAUCGCUAGAAAUAACUUGCCGCAACUUGUGUGUAUUGAUAUUUAAUCAUUUGUUUGUGCUAGAAUGAAAGGAUUAUUAGGGUUUCCUCAGUAAAGAGACCGCGGUUCUAUGUUGCGCUUCUUUAAACACUGCGUUUCAAGCCUCAGGGGAAAAAAGAGAUUGCCAAGCACUUUAGCAUUCACUACAUAUAUCUAAACUACUAAACUGCAGACGUAAACUAGAUAGAUUGAAACCAAGGCUGCCGUCUACCUAUGGAGUACUUUCUGGAUUUCAUGCUGACUGGGGAAAGAGGAAGUCCUCACUGGCAUUACCCUUAAGUCAAUAUCGAACCCAAUGGUGUGCGAGCGUAUGUGUGGUGACCUUGCUCUCUGCCGGACCUGCCCAUGUUUCCUUUGAUGUCCAUUCAGAUACAGGACAAGGAGUGCACAGAAUUCAACUACUCUAAACAAACGAAAACAUUUACAGGUGAUACGAACUUCAUCUGUUCUGAAGUGGUUCAUAUUUGGAAUCAUCUUCUGUCAGUACCCAAAGACUGGACCAUGUCAAGCUGCCAUGUUGAUGUGUAGACCUACAGGAGGACUUCGAGCACAUUUUGACGCUUACCUCCGUUACUUAAGUUCCGUUAACACAACCUGCAUUUGAAUGUGUUUCUGUUCAACAGAUGUAACAGAGGACGACCUCUCUUAAUAUAGGUAGUACGAACUACCGUUUACACUGAAGUGUUGCUUCUCAUAUUGCUACAUGGUGUCUUUUAAAGUGCUCCCUCCACAGAUACACUCUUAAAACAGUGUUAAAACAUUGUCUUUCUGUCCUUUCCUUGGAGGACUAAACAGACCAGCUGAGCACCAAGAAAUUCUAGACUGUACAUUCCUUCAUCUCCUUAACUUAGUUGAUGUUAGCUAGGCUAAUCUAAAAAUAACCCUUCUUGAAGGACUUGCAAGGAAAACCAGAUGAAUCUUAGCUGACACUCAGUGAACACAUAUUUUUACGAAAGCAUAUAGACCAGAAGAUCUACAAUAAAUAAUAACAAGGUAGGCCAAAGCAGUGCCUGCUUAACUUUAAUGGGAGCUAGAAAGCCUGAAGAACUGAGCUGCUAAUACAGCUGAAGCAGCAGUGAACUUCUGAAACCAGUACUUUGAACUUUAUUUCUGGAGGUUAUUAACUUGAAAAUGACACUUUUAACAAAUACAAUUCACUGUGCAUUGAUCACCUUGACACUGGUGUCUUGUUCCUGGGCUGCCUGUGUGGAAGUGGACUCUCUCUCUGAAGCAGUUUAUCAACAAACGUUCAAGCUUCUUUGUAUUUCAUGUAAAAAGAGAGGAGAGACAAUAGCCACAGCAUAUGCAGAAUGGUACUUCAAACAGAAAGGCACUGACGAAUUUGUACAGAUAUUCCGCUAUGACAGCAAAGUUGCUUCUGUUACAGAUGAAAGGUUUGAUGGUGUGCUGGUUUGGAAUGGAACCAAAGGUACUGAUGACCUACAGGAUGUUUCAAUUUUUAUAACAAAUGUCACAUUUCAACACGCAGGCCAGUACAAGUGCUAUGUGGAAAGGACACUCAUAUUCCCAAACCAUGAUUACAUUACCAACAUUACAAAGUUUGUCACCCUAACAGUCGUGAAAGAAGCAAACCGGGAUUUGGCUUCCAUUAUUUCUGAGGUCAUGAUGUAUGUUUUAAUUGUGGUCCUCACCAUUUGGCUUGUGGCUGAAAUGCUUUAUUGCUAUAAGAAAAUAGCUGCAGCUGGAGAAGAAGCAUUACAAGAAAAUGCGUCAGACUAUUUAGCCAUUGCAUCUGAGAGUAAAGAGAACUGUGCAGGUGUCCAGGUGGCAGAAUAGUGAACGGGCUGCACAGAGGAAGUGGAAUAAUAUUCGUACACAAGGUUACAAAAAGGGAAAAAAGGAAUGAACAGAGGCUUAUCAUUAGGAAGAAACCCUGGGAUGAUGUAACCAUGGCUGCUGUAAAGUCAUUUUUCAACCUCAUAUGCACAAAGAUUGUCACCUUCAGAGAAUGUUUUUUUGGACUUUUCUUCAACAAAGCAUGUUUUUAAGAAAACUAAAAAAAGAACUAACAAUGUGCUGUAUGUCUUCCUUAUGUAGGCUUCAAGUGACUGACUCCAUUGCAUGGUGGAGAGGAAUACAGCUCACAGCCUUAUGGCAGACUACAUCUCCACUGCAGAGAUUUUCUUUUAAUUAUAGGUUGUUUGCUCAAAAAAUAGCAAAACAAUUGCUUGCAAAAAAUAUCACCAAUAAUUUUCUUCUUAUCCUUAGGACUUUUUUUCAAUUUUAUUAUUUAACUCUCAGUUUUUCAAAUGGCAUUUGAAGUGCUUAACUUACUUUUCUGUACUGUAACGGUUAUGUUGGCUUGCUGUAUGGCAUAUAUGGUGGGUUAAGGUGAAGAGGAAUGACUGAGCUAUACACAGUAGAUCUGGGUACAAUUCCCUCAGCAUCCACUUGCAUACUGUGCAACUCUGAGGUAGUUAACCAAAAUUGCACAUGAAAACUUUACAGUAGUGGAUUUCCCAUUUAAGAAAGUUAUAAUAAAUCAAGGCAGCUCACUGAAGACAUCCUUAAGAAGUAGGAUUGGGGAGUGCAGGCAUAGACACAGGAAGGAGUUCCUCUUCAAAAAUCAGUGAUUGCUUUCUGAGAAGCCGACCAAGCAUCAUCAUUAUUCCGUGAUGGUGAUUUCAGUUUAGGAACCAAUAUGGCACUGUGCAGUUUUAUCUGUAUGCGUUAGGGACAGACCAGCAUGCCAGCAUUUUUACACUAGCUGUUGGGACCUUUGGACAGUCAAUGAAUGGUGCUAGUAGUCCACAAUACCUCAUCCCCACCCCACCUCAAAAAAAUCAAAGAGAACUCAGAAUAAACUCAUGUGAUACACCAAGAGUUUUUUUUUAAUCCAAGUUUUUUCUACCCAUUAAUAGCAUACAUGCAUACACAUACGCAAACACACACAUACAUUAUUGGCCUGUUCUUCAAAAAAUUUGUGGUUUUCUGGAAAAUAAUUAAAGAUUUAAGUGAGUAAAUAAUGAUAUACUUUUGAUUUUCAGAUUUCAUAUCUUCCAGAAAAUGCAUGUUAAUGCACAACAUGUUAUUCUAUUACCUCUCUAGGUUCAUAAGACAAUAUUUAGAAGUUGUCCCUGAUUUUGGGACUUAGCUGCCCCCCCAACACACACACACACACACACACACACACACACACACACACACACACACACACACACACACACACAUAUUAGUAUUCGUAAGUAAAUGCACAGACUGUAAUUUUCUGUCAGUUUAUCUUCAUGUCAGUAUAUGUGGGUUUAAUAAGAAGGUUUUAAAAGAAGGUUCCCUGGUUCUUCUCAGUGAAACAUCUUCUGUGCCAGAUGCAACUCUUAGUACUUUGUUGAAAACAAGCAUAUCAUUUUUUGUCACUGCACUAUUAGAUGCUUGAUAAACAUUGGUAAAAUUAGUCCUAAAAUUAAAAACACUGCAGCACUAUUUGUGGAAUGUUUAUAUAUUUUUUCCUUGCAAAAAUAUCAGAGUAAUAGCAGCAGCACUAUUUAUGGAAAGUUUAUACAUUAUCUAACAAACAUAUCAGUUUCACCCCCCCCCCUUUUUUUUUGUCUUUGCUUUAAGAAUUAAGUUUUGGAUUCAUACAUUUUUUACCUGUAUCAUUCUUCCAUCACGUAUGUCAUAAAAAGACAAAAUAAACAUGUUGGUAUAUA